CGUGGGAGAAGUCGGAAAGGGCAUCUUCCCUACGCCUUUCUGAAAAGUUUGGGCAGAUUGGAGUUAAUAUUCAGAUGGUCACUAGAAUUAAUCAGUGCAGUGAUCUUGUCCCAUUUGGUCUCGGUGGGAAGUUUUUGACCAAGUCAGUGUGUCUGUCUGUCCUCUGUGUGUGUGUGUGUGUGUGUGUGUGUGUGUGUAUCUCUAUCUCUCUCUCGCUCUAUCUCUCUCUUUUUUCCUUAUUUUCUUUCUUGCAGUGCUGGGGAUUGAACCCAGAGGUGCUGUACCACAGAACUACGUUCCUAACCCUUUUAAAAAAUGUUUUAUUUUGAGACAGGGUUUGCUAGGUUGCCAGGGCUGGCUUUGAACUUGUAAUCCUCCUGCCUCAGGCUCUGUAAUCACGGGGACACGGGUGUGCCCACUGAACCUGGCUUGACCCCAUCUCUUUUAUUUCUGUGUGCCCAGGCAGAUUUUCUCUCUCCUUAGCCAGUCCUGGUAACUUGUGUGCUCCUAGGAAGUGUCCCCUUCACCUGGGUUAUCUGAUUUGUUCUGUGUUCUCUUGCUCCUUUGUUCUGCAAGGUUGCUGGUAGCGCCCACCCUGCUUCCUGAUUUUAACUUGAGAGUUCUCCCCCUGGGUCCCAAGUCUAGAUAAUGGCUUGUCAGGUAGAUUUCAAAGAACCACCUUUACAUUCCAUUGGUUUUCUCUAUUUUCUGCUUAACAUUUUCCAUCCUUAUCUUUAUUAUUUCCUUCCUUCUACUAGCUUUGGGCUUAAAUUUGUCUUCUUUUUCUUGUUCUUCAGGGUAUAAAGUCAGGUUACUCAUCUUAAACUUUUCUCUUUUACAGUGUUGGUUUUUAUGGCUGAAAUUCUCCCCCUGAGCCCCGGACUUUCCCUUCCUUUACUUUCAGCCUUGUUGUGUCUUUAAAUAUAAAAUGAGUUUCAUGCAGAAGGCAAGUGGUUGGACCAUGUUUUGGGUCCUUUUUGCAAAUAUCUUGUCCAGCCUCCGCGUGGGCGAGGAGUCACAUCUCAGGUCCCCAGACUGCCUCUGUCCUUCAAGGUUGGUUCUGUGUCUUGCUGUGGGUCACUCUGAGUUUAUCCUCGGUGUGGUUCAUCACGAUGUUCGAGUGAACAGAGUUUCUCAGCACAUUUGGGAAGCUUCCCACAGUUACUUCAGCAGAUACGCUCCCUCCCCUGCCUGCCUCCUGGGCUCUCCUUGUGGGUGUCUUAGUACAUUUGAGGGUGUCCCACAGGUCUCUUAGCUCUGCUUAUUUUCUUCAUUCCCUUCUCUGUCUAUUCCCAAACUGAAUAAUCCCACUCUCCCUGUCUUCAGAUUCACUGAUUCUUCUUUCUGCUCAGAUCUGCCGUUGGAACCCUCUACUGUAUUUUUCAUUUCAGUUAUUACAUUUUAACAUUCUAGGAUUUCUAUGUUUUGGAAGUUUAGUCUCUCUCUUGAUAUUCUCAAUUUGGUGAGAUGAGUUUACGUGGUUUCUCUUAGUUCUUUGGACACCGUUUCUUUAGAUCUUUGAACAGACUUUAAAUGGUUGAUUUGAAGCCUUUGGUAUGCCCUGUGUCUGAACUUCCUCAGGGGCAGUGCUUUUCAGCUUUUUCUCUUAGGAGUCUUAGGAGUAUUUUCUUGUUUCUGGGCACACCUUGUCAUUUCCUUGCUGAGAACCAGGCACCCUGUAAAUCACAUUCCUCACCCCCUCCCCCACCCCAGGGCUGUUGGGUGCAGCUCGCCAUAUUUGCUGAGGUGGUAAAUUUUCUGAACUAGCUUUGUAAACCCUGUAACUUUGCUUUGUGUGCCUGCUGCGAUCUCUGCUAAUCAUGGGACAAAAAUUUCCUUCAACACCUGAAUCCAAAAAAUGAGAUGAAAUUUGUUUGGUUCUUGCUGAGGAGCUCUGUGUGCUGGGCCUGGCCUUCCCAGUGUUCAGGUGAUUGACAGCUCUGCCUCAGCCUUCACUUCCUGCUUCCUGAGAACAUCAGGGUCAGCCAGGGCUGAGCGCCAAGAGCCUUCUCCAGUCGUUCCCAAGCCCUGGGCAUCCGCCAAGCGGACCUUCCGGACCUUCCACUGCAGCAUCUGCGUGUUCACCUCCUCUCGAGUCUCCAGCUUCAACCGACACAUGAAAACCCACACCAGCGAGAAGCCCCACACCUGCCACCUCUGCCUGAAGGCAUUCCGCACCGUCACUCUGCUGAGGAACCAUGUCAACACCCACACAGGAACCAGGCCCUACAAGUGUGGGGACUGCGACAUGGCCUUCGUGACCAGUGGGGAACUCGUCCGCCACAGGCGCUACAGACACACCCACGAGAAGCCCUUCAGCUGCUCCCUGUGCAAGUACGCCAGCGUGGAGGCCAGCAAGCUGAAGCGCCACAUCCGCUCCCACACCGGGGAGCGUCCCUUCCAGUGCCGCCUCUGCAGCUACGCCAGCAAGGACACCUACAAGCUGAAGCGGCACAUGCGCACACACUCAGGCGAGAAGCCCUACGAGUGCCAGGUCUGCCGCGCCCGGUUCACGCAGAGCGGGACCAUGAAGAUACACGUCCUGCAGAAGCACAGCGAGAACGUGCCCAAGUACCAGUGCCCCCACUGUGCCACCAUCAUUGCCAGGAAGAGCGACCUGCGUGUCCACUUGCGCAACCUGCACACCUACAAAGCCACGGAGAUGAAGUGCCGCUACUGCCCCGCGGGCUUCCACGAGCGCUACGCCCUCAUCCAGCACCAGAAGAGCCACAGGAACGAGAAGCGGUUCAAGUGCCAGCUCUGCAGCUACGCCUGCAAGCAGGAGCGCCACAUGACCGUCCACGUCCGCACCCACACCGGGGAGAAGCCCUUCGAGUGCCUGUCCUGCAACAAGCGCUUCCGGCAGAAGCAGCUCCUCAACGUCCACUUCCGGAAGUACCACGACUCAGGUUUCGUCCCCACGGUCCACGCGUGCCCCACGUGCGGCAAAGGCUUCUCCCGCUGGAACAACAUGCACAGACACGCGGAGAAGUGUGACCUGAGCCAGGACAGGGCGGCCACCCCGGGACAAGCGCGGCGAGCGAGGAAGAGGAAGCAAGCGAUCCCAGAGGAAGCGGGACAGGAAGCCGAAGCUGCUGCUGCAGAGGCCUCCAUCACCAGCGGGGCCCCGCUUCCGGGACAGGCGGCUCCCGUCCCCCCUGCAGUGGCCGGCGGCAGGGCCCUGGAUGACGACAUGACCUGCGAGAUGAUCCUCAACAUGAUGGUCAAAUGACCGUUUCCUCCCAGCCUCCAGUUCUCAGAGCACCCUGGACGCUCUGGCCUCCUCUCUCUGGAGACAAGUUCGUGAGCUCCUUUCCCCCCAAGUUUGAGUAGCGUCUAGACCGCUUGACAGCAUUUCACAGAACACACGGGCCUUUCGUUAGCGGCCAGAGCCUGUGAGUUCAUUCCCGGGAGCCCGGCCGGCCCGUGAGCCCACGGUGGGUUUUGAUGACCGGCUGGUGCGUCCACCCAGCCAGGGCCGUGAUGAAUCCCACCCACCCUCGGGGGCUCUGACGGUACGAUUUUAAACAUUAUAAACUAAUUUUAGAUCCUUUUUAUACAAAUGAAUUUUCCAUGAAAUUUAAAGAAGCUACUUGCAAUUAAUUCCAAAUUCAAACAAAAAGAUCAUAUUAUGGAGGAGAGAACGGAGUAGAAGAUGAAAGCUGGGCCAGACUAGGUGAGGAGGAGUGGCCGGCUUCACUCGGAGCAGGAGCAGGGCUCCCCGGGGGCUGGGUCGGCAGCUGUGGAGUCGCCGGCGUUGCUGUCUUACCAGCUCCCUGCUCGUUGGAGUUUCAGUCCGUGCCCUUCAGGUUUGCUGAAACUGCCUCGCUGAUAUUUCUUAAAUAAUUGGCAGAGCGAGAACAAACCUAAAAAUCCCACAGUGAAGUUGUGCGCCUCUAAGUCUCUUGCACCUUUCCUGACACCCAGGAGUGGGUCAGCGCGUGUCCUUUGCCCCGGUGUCCCCGCCCGGCAGCCUGGCGGGGCCCCUGAGCACCUGCGUCAGCCAGGACUGCUCCGCGGGAGCCAGUGUGCUGCUGGGCCCAGCUGGCAGCCGCAGGCUGUGGCUUUCCCCACGAGCCCACGUUUCAAAAUCAUCCAAGUUCCCACGUUCAGAUUCUUCAAAUGCCACCUGUUGUUAAGGUUACCCCGAGUUCCACUCCGGAGCCCUGUACAGUGGGAACCGUGGAAAUGAUUUCCUAGCAAGAAAGGCCUGUACCCACUUUGUGCCAGCAAAUCGAUUCAGUUCCGAUAAUUGACUUAAAUUCUGUGGUCCAUUGUAUGCGGUCAUGGUGACUGUGUUUCUCUGAUAGUUUAUCUUUGAUGAUUGUGUAAAGGUGUUUUGCAUCUCAAUAAA